CACCUAUGUUGCGCAAUGAGUGUAUGGACCAUCAAUAUGGGCUGCAGAAAUGCCUUUUAAGUAUGGCCUGAUUUAUAUCGGCGCAUCGUGCGUUUAAACGGUUUUUUUUUCAUCUCAAAUAUGUCUCGAAAGGUAAAACGUUUCUAGUCCCGCCCAAACACACCGGUGAAUAGCCAACUCUGAAUUGAGUCGGGGCGGGCGUCAAUUUGACGAUGAGGUAACUGACUGGGAGAGGAAUUCAGAGUUUGGAACAGUGGAACGGGGUCCGGAGUACAAGAGUGCGGAAGUGAAAAGAGCGUUGUUGUGGCCCUAAAGAUCCAGCUGCGACAUCAUCUCUCAGAGCAGUCAUCCCUCAGGGUCUCUAUGCUGCCAUCUACUGAUAUGUCAUCUCUCAGUGCAGUGUGUCGCUCAGGAAAAGUGGAGGUGUCGAAAGGAACCAUAUAAGGAGAAGUGGGGAUUUUGAAAGGAACCAUAUAAGGAGAAGUGGGGAUUUUGAAAGGAACCAUAUAAGGAGAAGUGGGGAUUUUGAAAGGAACCAUAUAAAGAGAAGUGGGGAUUUUGAAAGGAACCAUAUAAGGAGAAGUGGGGAUUUUGAAAGGAACCAUAUAAGGAGAAGUGGGGAUUUUGAAAGGAACCAUAUAAGGAGAAGUGGGGAUUUUGAAAGGAACCAUAUAAGGAGAAGUGGGAAUUUUGAAAGGAAUAGUGAAUAGACAUUUUUGGGGAUAACUAACAUUCCUAACUGUCAUCUCUGCAGAACAUGACUGACAUCUUGAGUGGCACCUUUCAAAACCCACACUUCUCCUUAUAUGGUUCCUUUCAAAAUGUCCACUCCUUUCGAAACCCCCACUUUUCCUGAGAGAUGACAUUGUAGACCCUGAGGGAUGACUGCUCUGAGAGAUGACAUUGUAGACCCUGAGGGAUGACUGCUCUGAGAGAUGACAUUGUAGACCCUGAGGGAUGACUGCUCUGAGAGAUGAUGUUGCAGCAGGACCCCUGCAACUUUCCAGUCCUGCUAAGCAUUCAAAAUAACUCAGGGGAACUCCUCCAGAAACAGCAGCAUAAAGAAGUAGGCUAACUCAGGAGUGAAAAUGAUGGGUGAGAUACCGGUCAGGGAGGAUGGCACAGUUACAAGGUCAGCUGAGUAUGUUGGGUCUUUUCAUGUGGACGACUGCUGUUUGGACGAUCAGAUGCAGCAGUUGCACACACAGCUAAAGUCUCUCAAAACAUGCAAGAAAAGGAGGCCUGUGUCCCUUAAAUUUUCCAUCAAAGGGGUGAAGAUGUAUGAUGAAGAUGAGACGACCCUCCUCAUGGCCCAUGCUCUACGAAGGGUCUCCCUUUCCACUGCCCGCCCCUCGGACGCCCAGUUUGCCUUUGUUUCCCACAACCCCGGCAGCCCUGAUGCCCAGCUAUACUGCCACCUUUUCAAGGCUAGGCAUGCCAGAGCAGCCCAGUUCCUGAACCUGUUGCUGUGCCGCUGUUUCCAGCUGUCCUACCUGGCAAAGCACCCAGAGGAGGCGCAGGAUGAGUCUGUCGGCCCACUGCCCAGCCGUGCCCCCUCCCUCCUCAACCAGGGCUUCCCUCUCUGUGUCAGUGCCCUUGUGUCAUUCCGAAGGGCCCCCACUCAGGGCUUACUCCCAGGGGAAAAGGUCUUCCCAUUGAAGAACAACGGAACAACAACUGAGGAACAACCGAGCAGCCAAGAGGAGGUCUUCAACUCCUCUCCUUCCCUGGUGCGCAAGAGAGCCAUCCGCAACAAAGUACUGCGCUCAGGAGCCUAUCGCUCCUUCACUUACAGCCCUCACAAACAACGUCACCUUCAGGAUCAGCUAAACUCUCCAGAAGGGAAGGGGCAGGACAAAAUGCCAGUGAGGAGAGCCCGGGCCCCGAGCCUUGCUGAAACAGAAGAAGCUCUGGCUCAAGCAGUGUGGUGUUGGGCUGGCAUUGCCACUGACAGCAGCUCCUCCCUGCUUGCAGAGGAUGUCCUGGGGUCGUACCUGCUGUGCCCCCAUCCUAAGAGAACUGGCUGUGGCUCUCUCAUAAUUCGUUUCUCUUCUGGACUGGUCACCCACCUAAUAAACAACACCUCCAACGGGAAAUACCUGCUUGAGAACUGCCACAUAGAAUUUAGCACCAUUGCUGCCUUGAUAGAGCACUGCACCGAUAUCAAGGGGGAGCUGGACUGUCCGCUGAGUUGUGCCCGUGUGAACCACUGCUAUGAGUGGGAGGAGAACGUUGCUAAGGCACUGCCUUUAGCCUUACACCAAGGCCUCAAAAGAAAGAAUGCAAAAUACACCCAGAGGAAACAAUGGGUUUAAAAGUAAUUUCUGAUCAUUGGAUUGAUCGAUGUAUCUCAUUUUCUAAAAGACACUGACCAUAUGUUACACUGACACCUUAAAUAUAUAAUUCAUUAACUUGCAUGCUUCACUUUUGUUAUUGUUUUCAGAUUUCUGAUAGAAACACAACUCUAACUAUCAAAUUUACUUCCAGCAGGUGAAUUGUGAUGAGUAGAGUAACAUUUUGACACUUAGCCUCUGGGAUGUAGGGUUGUUUUAAUGUCAAAAAGCUGUGUGUUUGAGUAUAUUCUUCUAUGUUUUAGCUGCACCUACCUUACUUCACCUACGUUUCAAUUAAAUUAUUUUAAUACAUUUUAAUUACAUUAUUUUAAAACGUAGGAAUAUUAUGUGUGUGUUUGUAUAGACUAUAUAGGGACAUUUUUUUAUAGAUUAAGCAGACUAAGGUUUUUUUGUACAUUAACUCUGACUCAUGUUAAGCUGUCUUUUUGAAUUUGUGUUUUUCACUGCUGUCUUUUAAAGUGUUCUGUGAGAACUAGCAGUAUUUCUUCAUUUUGAUUACAGAUAAAUGUACUUCCUGAAUUAAAGGGUAUUGUUGUGUUUUAUAUUUGUAAGCAUAAUGCAUUGCCAUAUUGUAUACUGUAUACCAGGUAUUCCCAAACUGGGGUACGCCAAAUAAAAAUGUGAUUCACAUAUUUUUAAAAUAUAUAUAUAUAUAUAUAUAUCUUCAAAUUU